AGAAUGCAAAAUCACCCAUCGCUUUGUGCGUGUGUGUGUGCGUGUGUUGUGAGUGUUGUCAUCGCAGCUUCAUAAACUGUUUUGUCAGGCAAAGAUCUUUGGAAACUCUGCUUGGCUGUGGGGGAAAACAACCAAAUCUAUUCGACGAUUUAAGCCGUAAUCUCUCACCAAUCGUCAAGAUGACUGUGGCUGACGCGUCCCGUGAGAAAGCGCUGGAGGAUUACCGGAAGAAACUGCUAGAGCACAAAGAGGUCGAAUCUCGGCUGAAGGAAGUUCGAGAAACGCUGAAGGAGCUCACGAAACAGUUCGACAAAUCGGAAAACGAUUUGAAGGCUUUGCAAAGCGUUGGCCAGAUUGUCGGCGAAGUGCUGAAGCAGCUGACGGAGGAUAAAUUCAUCGUAAAGGCAACCAACGGCCCAAGAUACGUGGUGGGAUGUCGUCGCCAGCUGGACAAAACCAAGCUCAAAUCCGGCACGCGGGUAGCACUGGACAUGACCACACUGACGAUUAUGCGUUACCUGCCGCGAGAGGUCGAUCCGCUGGUGUACAACAUGUCGCAUGAAGAUCCGGGCGAGGUUACCUAUUCGGCCAUCGGCGGUCUGUCGGAGCAAAUUCGCGAGCUGCGCGAAGUCAUUGAGCUGCCGCUGCUGAAUCCGGAACUGUUCCUGCGCGUCGGUAUUACGCCCCCGAAGGGCUGUCUGCUGUACGGACCGCCCGGCACCGGUAAAACCCUGCUGGCCCGUGCCGUCGCUUCCCAGCUCGACGCCAACUUCCUGAAGGUCGUGUCGUCGGCCAUCGUCGACAAGUACAUCGGUGAGUCGGCCCGUCUCAUCCGCGAGAUGUUCAACUACGCCCGCGAUCACCAGCCGUGCAUUAUCUUCAUGGACGAAAUCGACGCCAUCGGUGGGCGCCGUUUCUCCGAGGGUACGUCCGCCGAUCGUGAGAUCCAGCGUACGCUCAUGGAGCUGCUCAACCAGAUGGACGGGUUCGAUUCGCUCGGACAGGUGAAAAUGAUCAUGGCCACCAACCGUCCCGACACGCUCGAUCCGGCCCUGCUGCGUCCGGGUCGUUUGGAUAGGAAGAUCGAAAUUCCGCUGCCGAACGAGCAGGCGCGGCUGGAGAUUUUGAAAAUUCACGCCGCCCCGAUCGCCAAACACGGUGACAUCGAUUACGAGGCGGUGGUCAAACUGUCGGACAACUUUAACGGUGCCGAUCUGCGCAACGUCUGUACCGAGGCCGGACUGUUUGCAAUCCGUGCGGAGCGCGAGUACGUCAUACAGGAAGAUUUUAUGAAAGCCGUCCGCAAGGUGGCCGACAACAAGCGACUGGAAAGCAAGCUGGACUACAAACCAGUAUAAUUCUUUCGUAAUCCCCCGUUAGACUAACGAACACGCUGAUGGAGCUCUCCUUCGGUUCGUUACUUCUAACGUUAGCGUUUUCGUAUCAUUAAAACAUUUAAGUCAUGUAAUAAAAAUCCGCUAAAAACUUA